AUGGAUCUCUCUGACCCGCAGACCCGCUCUAACCGCACUCGGCCCGGGUUCCUCCAGCCCGUCCAGCGGCUCCUCCAGGGCCGGUUCCUCCACGGCCGGUUCCUCCAGGGCCGGUUCCAGAGGUUCCAGAGGUUUCCGGGGGUCCAGCUGCUCCUCAGGGGGCUGUUCGGGGCGGUCAGCGGCGCAGCUUUGUUCCUGGGCGUGUCCCACAGCCUCCCGCUGACCUUCAGCCUGAAACUGGCAGCAGCGUUUCUGUUCGUAGGUGUGUGUGCCGCCGGCGCGGCGCUGUCGUCCUCCUUCAGGUGCUCCGUCCUCCUGGUGUUUCCCAGCAUGCUCGGCUCCCGCGGCCGCGCCUACUUGAUGCUGCUCAUCAUGUCGGUGCUGCACGCAGGUCCCGUCUCCAACAUCCGGCAGAACGCCGAGGCGGCUGCUCUGUCUCUGAGCUGCAACCUGGACCUGCAGGUCCGGCACGGCCGGUUGCUAUGGCGACACGCCAUCCAGCCGUACGUACGGGUCACGCAGGAGCUCAUGGACGAUAAACCCGGGUUUGAGUCUGAGGCUCGGAGCGCCAGCAGCAACUUCCAGAGCAUCAGAGACGAGGUGGUUCUUCAGUACGGAUACGACCGUUUCCAGCCCCAGCCUAGCGGGGGGAACUCCAGCACGCAGGAGCAGUUCAGCUCCAAGACCAGGAUGCAGUGCGACAGUGUGGUGCAGGAGGGCGUGCAGCGCUGCACCGACUGGUUCAGCAGCAGGUGGAGCGACUGCAUGGAGGCCAUACCCGUCCCCGUCAUCAACCACGUCUUCUGCUUCUCCAUGAAGUUCCACUUCCUGUGUGACGUCAUGAGAGUGAUGACUCCGUGGUGCAGAGAGAACAUUCCGGUGGAGGGAAACUUCGGCCCGCUGUUCGAUCAGCUCAACGUUUCUGUGGAUCAGCUGUCCAGAGAGUUCAGCACGGAGCUGCUGGUGGAGCAGCAGCAGCAGCAGUCGGUGCUGGACGGGUCUCUGCUGGACCAGAACUUCACUCAGGCCGUCAGGGAUUCCUUCCAGAACCUGAGAUCAACCACGGGACGCCUGGUGGGAAUCCUGCAGACGCUGCUGUCGCUCACCUUCAUCAGCAUGUUCUACCAGGCGUUCAGUUACCUCAGAUCGUAUCAGAGGGACAUUUGCUUUGACAACGUUUACAUCACGUCCUACUUCAGACGGAUCGACGCCCGCAGAAGAAGAGCAGGGAAGGUUUUCCUGCUGCCGCUCAGGAAGUCUGAGAGGAACCAGCUGAUCCGGCCCUGGAGCCCCCGGAUCCACCCAGAGGAGUUGAGACAAGUGGGGUCCGGUCUGGUCCAGGUCGUCUCCGUGUCUCUGCUCUCCUUCCUCCUGCUGGCCGUCGACUUCGCCGUGUUCCACGUCCUGGACAUCGUUAGUAGAAACACCAUCACCCAGUUCAACGUGACCAGUCACCACCAGGUAGACAUCAGAGUGGGCGGAGCCUCCAUGCUGGCCCGCCUCCUGAGGACGACCGUCUCCGCCUUCAACAGCUCCAACCACCUGGACAUCCAGACCGACAACCAGGCCUGCAGGUUCCCCCCCGCCCCCCUCCCUGCUGACGUCUACCUCACCUGUGUGUGUUGUCUCCUGCUGCUGCUGAUGUUCAGCUUCCUGCAGGUUUACAGCAGCCGCCUGAGACGAGCCGUCACCGCCUCCUAUCACCCCAAGAGGGAGAAGAAGAGAGUGUUGUUCCUCUACAACCUGCAGCUCCACAGGAAAGUGUCUCGGGGCGACAGGAAGCGGGUCGUGGGCCGAGGACGGGCCAGGACGGUGUUCCAGCGUCUGAGCAGGUGGUGGCGUCACCUGCUGCCCCGUCACCAGCAGGGGGCGCCAGACUCGGAGGAGCCGCGCUACGCCUGUGGUUAG